AUGGCACAGGGCAUCGUGACGCGGGGCAGCGCAGCAUCGGCGCCCUCGGACGCUGCGUCGCCGCUCGGCAACGCCGGUUUCGAGCUGAAUCAGCAACCUUUUGGUCCGCGCACUUGGAAGUGGCGCAGCGGGCCAGAGCCAACCUUCAGUGAUCCGUUCAUGGCAAGCCAUGGGCAGGCGCAACACAUCAAGGUGUGGACGUGCCGCGCCCAUGCGUGCCGCCACCAGAACUUCGGCUUCCGCUCGGAGUGCUGGCGGUGCGGCGGCAAGGCUCCCCAGCACAUCCUCAACCAGCAGCGCCGGCAACCCAAGGCUGGGCAAGUGCGGGCGCCGCAAGGUGAAUGGAGUCGGGGACCACCUCGGACCUCGGUCCACAACCCGCGGACCGCUCAGCAGCAGCCCAUGCAGGAGUGGCCCGACGAGGACAAGUUCACCAACGACCAGCUCUUGGCUCUCCUCGAGAAGCCAGGCGUGGCUAAGGAGUCUCGGGUCCUUGGUGAGGUGCGGAACUCCUUGGCCGAGGCCCAAGCUGCCGAGUCUGCCCCGGCCGACCUGUCGAAGAAGAGCCUGCAGGACCUCUUGCAGCGGCAGGCCGAGAAGGUCUUGCGCAAGGCGCGCGAGGACCACGACGCCGAGGUGGAGCAGCUCGCGCGGCACAGGGCCGCCCUCGCCGACAUCGACAAACACGUCAAGGCCGCCCAGGCCAAGACGGUGCUCCCCGCGGUCGCCGGCCCCGAGGCCGACCUCGACCCGAAGCUGGACCUUGAGCACCUUGUGUUCCUCAAGCAGGUCCUCGAAAGCGGGAGUAAGCGGUUCGGCUUCGAUAUCUCAGGCUUCAACGCGAUGGCCGACGCGAAGGAGGCGGAGGUGGUAGGGCUGCUGCUGGGGCCGCUGCUGCAGACGGCGCCCAGCCAGCAUCUGCUGGCGGAGCGCCUGCAGACGAUACCAUGGGAUUGGACGCCCAAGAUCCCGACCUCCAAGAGCAUCUCAAGACAGCAGGCGUGGACGUCUCCGACCCAUCAGCUGUCAAGCGACUUCUUGAUGGAAUCCAGUCGGUUGCCAAGAAACCCAAACGUGGGUAAUGAUUGUACUUCGUCUUUCACGGUUUGGUCUUUCAACUCCAGCACGUGGGCAUCGGCGCAAUCAAUGCUGGAGUGGGCACGGCAUGAUGCCGAGUUGCGUUUCCCAGAUGUACUUUGUCUACAGGAGCAUCGGCUCAAGGAGGCUGGCAAGGUCAACCAAGCUCACAAAUGGUCAUCGGACAGGGGGUUCUACCACAGCUUCCAUCUGGCAGAGUCCACUGGAGCGGGACUCACAGAGUCCAGCGGGGGAUGCGCGAUUUUGUCGAGAAUUACGGCUUCACCGUGCUCGCUUAUGACUUCUGCGACCUUUCCGGGGCAUCGGGUAUCCGCUAUGAUGUUGAACAUUGGCCUCAACGUCCCGUUCUACGUGAUAUCGGUGUACCUCACCACCAGCAUCGGGUUCAUGGGGGAGAACCUCGAUUUCCUGGAGUCCCUGAUGCAGCAUGUGGGGUCUUUGCAGGGCCCUUGGCUGAUAGCAGGCGAUUGGAACCUGACUCCGCCAGAGUUGGAUUCAUGGUCGAAGAAGGCGCAAGGACGAGCCCUCUGCUCGGGGGAGCCCACGUGCGGAAGCCGGGAGCUGGAUUUCGCAAUCUGCAGCAACGUGAUCGCCCCCUUCGUCGCGGAGGUGGCGAUGGUAGAGGCGGCGCCUUCGCGGACGCAUUGUCCUGUUGCCUUUCGUUUCCAAGGCUUGCACAGGCAGGCCAAGGUUCCUAGAGCGAUCUACCCGAAAAAGUUCCCCACGGAGAAACCGCUGCCAGUCCGGCCCGCCCCCGUGGAAUCGGAGCCACGGGAGUGGCCGUGGCAGAUCGGUACAGAGUUGCUUUCUGAGUUGGGGCCUGCUUGCGAG